AUGUUUAGAACAUUAAGAUACAAGUGGCCAACUCCAAAGUCACUCCUAUUUGGUGCGGGAGUCAGGGGACUCCACUCAACCAAGCCAUUGCUGACUUUCAACCUCUCUGCUGAGCAGAAAUGUCGGGAAUUAUUGGACUCGUUCAAGGAUUAUGACCAUAUAUUCCAGAAUGAAGAUGGGUCGAGCCGAAAGCCUCCGGAAGAAGAGCUCAAGAAGAUUGCAUAUCUGAACAGUUAUGCAGGCAGACGGAAUUUAGGAAUUGUUGAGGCAUUCAGCUUGCCAAAGGAGCACGAAAGGCUAUAUUCAGCAAACGACAGGGACCUAGCCAAACUGAAGGCAUCAUCGGGACUCAUCAUCGACAAAAUCCCGUACGAAGACACUGCUACGGGAGAAAUAAAAUGGAAGAUAGUGAGAGAGGGUGACCAGAAAGAAGGGUGGGAAAAUAUUGCCCAUUACUUAUUUGUUCCUGGAUGCAUCGCUUUGCUCGUUGCAAUUAUUUGGAGAGACGAUAUGGAUGUUUCAGAAUGGGCCAGACGCGAGCUGUUGUACCGGGUGCGCAGCAAGGCGGAAAAAGAUAAUGACACUGCUGUUUUGGAUACCUUUGAAAAAUAUGGCAAUCCAGAAUCGUACGAGUUUGAUUAUGUUGGCUUCCAAAAAGACGACCAAGUUAUUGUCGAAAGAAUUCUAAGCGGCGAAUACGAUCGCCUCGCCAAAUUGAGACGCAGAGCCCACCAGGACUAG